AUGGACCGCCUGCGACGCACCAGAGGAGUCAUUCGAGCCGCCGCUACAAAGCUCAUCACGUCCGCCACCGAAGCUUUGCAAGCGGAGAAUCCUUCUCCGACCGAUCUGCAAGUCAUCUUGGAUGACCUCCAGGACAAAGACACGACGCUUGCAGAUCUCAACCAAAAGAUUGCUGAUAUCACAACAGACGGCGCCGAGUAUGAGGAGGAAGUGACAAUGGCUCUCGACUAUCACGACAAGAUCCGCAACACUAUGAGCCGUGUCCGCUACCUUCUCCAGUCAGCUGCCAGGCCCGCGGACGGUGCUGCACCUGGCGUCGCUACCGAAACCAGGCCCCAAGAAGUCUCCGCUCAAGCAAGUAACCGAUCACAGCUACGAGUUGCCUUGCCGAAAUUACAGGUACCCGUUUUCUCCGGGGAACUUCGCGAGUGGCAGGGAUUCUGGGAACAUUUUGAGGCCACGAUCCACAACAACUGCGAGCUGUCGGACAUUGAAAAGUUUUCUUAUUUGCGAUCUUACGUAACCGGAGCUGCGAAACGUGCGAUCGAGGGUGUGCGCCUGGAGCAAGCGAAUUACGCGGUGGCAGUCAAAGUGCUCAAAGAAAGGUUCGGCCGUCAUACCGCUCUUGUAGACGAACAUAUUGAUAGCUUGCUUGCAAUCGCUACUGUGGAUCAUUCGUCCAAUCUAUCGCAGCUGCGGGAACUAUACGAAGAAGUACGAUUUCACACCAGCUGCCUGGAUAGCCUUGGAGUUCAAGCAUCGGAGUACGCUGUUAUUCUUCACCGAGUGCUUAUGCGAGCUCUCCCCGAAGACAUCGCCAUUCUCUACCGGCAACGCAUGAAGGAGACCGAAGCGAACGACGGGGCUACUCCAAGGUCACGGCAAGAAGAGGUGCGUGACGUGAUGAAGUUUCUGCAGAUACAGAUCGAGAGCAGAGAAGAGAGCUCUCGUUCGAGGAGCCUACGAAAAUCUAGCCUCGUGGCACAGGAGCAAAGACAUCCUCGCUUACAACCGCCGGUACCGUCAGCAGUAGCGCUAGCCGCAGGAUCUGCAAACAACAGCCAUGCCUGCUGCGUACUGUGUGGCCACCGUGACCACAUUGUGAAGGACUGUCAGACUAUCAUGUCAGCCGACGAAAUUCGGCGGCGACUAAUCGAGAAGAACUGCUGCUUCAGAUGUGCCAGAGAGGGACACGUCGCACGAAAGUGCCGCAACGCAGCGUGGCUCAAGUGCAAGCAUUGCGCAAACCAUCAUCUUACCGCACUUUGCGCAAUAUGGAAACCCUACAACCACCCGAAUGCCGACAGAAGUGACACAACGAAAACCGACAGCGUGCCAGUCACUACCAGUGCUCCCGCAAGCAGUUCUACGUCGCCAUCUCCAGCUGUUCUCAUGCAAACGGCCACAGUAUGGGUAUCGGGAAGGCACAAUUCCGUGCUGGUUCGUAUACUGCUUGACACCGGCAGCCAAAGAACAUUUAUAAGACGCGACUUGUCCACCAGACUCGACCUACCUUCCGUCGGCACAGAAGACCUGUCUCUGCUAACAUUUGGCAGCUCCAAACAUUCCCGAACUUACAGAUACCGAACCGUGCAACUCAAGCUGCAGAGUCGUUUCGAUACGCACGGCAUCACGGUGGAUGCUCUUGAAGUGCCAGAAGUCUGCAUAGUGAGGACGCCAGCUAUCGGACAAGAUCUUCUGGUGCAGCUGCGCGAGCGCAACAUGCUUGUUGCCGAUGAACAGCAGCUAGGAGACCGACCGACCCAAACCAUCAGUGUCAUCAUUGGAUCGGACCACUAUUGGCGUAUAGUAACGGGAAGAAUCGAACGCCUGAGUAGUGACCUAUGCGCCGUUGAGACGAUCUUUGGUUGGCUGGUGCAAGGCAUUUAUCAAGUCGAAACUGCUAAAGAAUUGCAUCACGGGAACUACAGCACAUCGGCUCUAUUCCUUGCGUGUGAGCGCCAUAGCCAAGCUACACCUUGUAUGGUUGACCCGACCGAGAUGUGGCGACUCGAUGCGAUAGGAAUCACCGACCCUUCGGAAGAUGUCGGCACUUUGGAUCAAGCAUCAUUGAAUCUGUUCACACAGUGCAUGCACAAAGAAGCCGGUCGGUAUGUGGUUCCUCUCAUGAUAAAGCACCAGGGACGAUUGACUAGCACAAACCGAAGUGUCGCGGAAACCCGACUUAAACGCCAACUUCAGCGCUUCGAAGGACAGCGGGCGCUGUUGGAGGAGUAUGACCGCACCAUCCGGGAGUACUUCACAGAAGGUCACGCCGAACGUGUCGACACCUCUUCAGAGCCAGGAGCGACCGUUUACUACCUUCCUCACCAUGCCGUCGUCCGUCGAGAUGCUAUCACUACAAAGAUCCGGGUAGUGUUCGACGCAUCUUCACACGAACGCGGCGAGUCAUCGCUCAACGAUAUCUUAGACAAGGGAGUCAAACUUGGUGCCGAGCUCUUGCAACUCCUGGUACAGUUCAGAAUGAACCCAAUUAUUUUGACAGCGGACAUCCGAAAGGCUUUUCUACAAAUUUCCAUCCGACAAGAAGACCGCGACGCUCUCCGCUUUUUAUGGGUCAACCGAAUCACUGACGAAGAAGGGAAACCACCUCGCAUCGUCGAAUGGCGAAUGACUCGAGUGCCCUUUGGAGCGUCAUCAAGCCCUUUCCUUCUGGCUGCUACUUUACAGCAUCACUUCGACAUGUGGAAAAAGACUGAGCCAGUACUAGCUACACGCCUACAGAAAGCAUUCUACGUAGACGACCUCGUCAUAGGUGCUUCCACCGACGAAGAAGCUCUCGAACUCUACCGUGCUGCACUGAAUAUUUAG